GAGAGAGGAGAUGAAAUUGAACAAGCCCUGGUGGAAGCAAUCAAAGAUUUCGAUAAUUGUUUUCUCAGAAAAUUAUGCCUCCUCCAGGUGGUGCUUGGAUGAACUUGUGCACAUACUGAAAUGCAAGCAAAGAUACGGACGGAUUGUUUUGCCUGUAUUUUAUGAGGUAGAUCCAUCACAUGUACGGAAACAAGAGGGGAGUUAUGGACGAGCAUUUGGAAGUCAUAAAAAAGAAAGACGUUUCAAGGACAAAUUGCUCAUUUGGAGGGAUGCUCUAUCAACUGCAGCUGAUCUAUCUGGCUUCGACUCCAAAAAUUAUAGGACCGAGACUGAAUUAGUUGAGACAAUUGUCAAUGAUAUCUUGGCGAAAUCGAAGUGUAACUUGUCAACUAUUGUGACGGGCCUGGUUGGGGGUGAGAGUCAGAUUCAACAAAUUGAAUGUUGUUAUGCGUUGAAGCACAAGAUGUUGAAUGCUGCCCGGUAGGUAUAUGGGGUAUGGGUGGUAUUGGUAAG